UUUUGGAGGCUGAUUCAAAAUGGAGUAGUCGCCUUUCUUCUCGGAUUAAUUUCUCUUUCUUUUUUUAAAGUUUGCUGCUUAUUAUCAAACCAAUAACUUCAUAAUGACAGAGGAGAAGACCCCGGGCUCGCUGGGGUUCUUCUCGAGCUACGACGACCUGAGCGACAGCAGCAGCGACUCGGAGGGGGAGGCGGACGGCCGACCGAAGGGAGCCGGCGCAGCGCCCGCGGGGGAGCGCGGCUCCCAGGCGGCCAAGCGCUCCGCCGCCGCGGCCGCUCUGCCCAGACCCGACGAGGUGUUCGGCUCCGUGUCCAAGCCCACCUUCCUCUACAACCCCCUCAACAAGCAGAUAGACUGGGACACUCUGACGGUCAAACCUCCAGAAGAGACUCCGAGAGAAUUUAAGCCAUGGAAGACGAAUGCUGUACCUCCUCCUCAAAGUUACACUGCUGAGCCAGAGAAGAAGAAAGGACCUCCUCCAGGCAUGGACAUGGCCAUAAAGUGGUCCAACGUGUACGAGGACAACGGGGACGACGCUCCGCAAGCGCACACUGGCAAAGCCCGGUUUUUACCCAAAGAGGAAGAAGAACCCUCUGACUCAGACGACGAAUCAAAGACACCCGCCGGGUCUUCAAAGAAACGCCGCGUGGAGACCUUCCAGCAGAAGGAGAAGAGGAAGAGAGAGUUGGGACAAGCCACCUCUGACAAGAACUUUGUGGAGGAGGAGAAAAGGAUCCUCAGGCAUCAGAUUGACUGAAGCGCAGGCGGAUCAUGAUUUCAGUAUUUGUACAUCAGCAGAGAUGUCGGCAUGUUGGCGCAGCAGGUCAUUUUGUGAGUAACGGUGACAUAAUGUAAUUUGUAAUUGAAUAGAUUUUUUUUUUUGUUUUGUUUUGAUUUCAUAAUCAUUGUGUUUUAUCUCAGAAACAUUGGUUUGAAAAACAAAAUAUACUCUAAAAAUGCACCUAUGUUAAGUCACUUGACACAGCUUUAUGAAAUACAAACGUGUUUAAAGGCUUUUUUUUAAUAUCUAUAUGUAUAUACAAUUCGGCGUUGCUCUUCUUUGUGUUUGUGGGACUUUGUAAAGAAGCCGGUGAAAAAACUGUCAUCCAAUAAGGCCAUAUAUAUAUAUAUAUAUAUAUAUAUAUAUAUAUAUAUAUAUAUAUAUAUAUAUAUAUAUAUAUACAUACCAUCACAAUUGUAUUAAUUCAGUGCAACAUUUGGCUAUCAUUUGUCCUUAUUUUUCAGUGACUGUGUUUUAAUUUCAUGACUGUUCAACCUGUGAUAAAAUAUGCUAAUCAUUUAAAAGCCACUUGUACUUCCUGCCGAUGGCCACUAGAUGUCGUACUUGAGGUUCACUAGAACUCCCUCCACCCGUGUUUGCUCCUAAUUACAAUAAUUGUUGAUUUUUGUCAAAAAGGAAGCGUUGAUCUUCAAUUCAGAAGUUUUUCUCUGACUUCUUUCCAAAUACUUGAGAAAAGCAGAUAAAUGCUAGGAAAAGAAAGAGAAUAAUCCUCUUAUUUAAGAAAGCGCUAUUUGCUGUUCAUACUGUUUGAUGGUAUUUUAAUUUGUCUUUGCAGUUUUAUGGAUUUAGUGGAAGAGCUUGUAUGAAGAAUUUUGUUGUAUUUUGUUGUUUUUUUUUAGUGAAUGUUUCAUUAUAAAUCACUGAUGCAAUAAAUAUGUUUUAGUGGAAAAUGUUA